AUGUGCGCCCUACCCGCCACGGUACGCACAAGCGCAGCAGCUCCAUCUGCCACCAAGCCAGCGCCGCUCGCGAUGCUCGAGCUCGGCGGCGUUACCACUAUCGUCCGCACCUUCUCGUCCCGCGCGUUACACCGAUUCAGCAUCCAAGCUCGACGUAUCGCCUUGAUGACGUGCGCCGAGCCGCCACAGGUGUCCUCGGUUGACAACCGCCAUCCUUGCGCCACCGGAACCAAGCGACGGUCAUGCUUCACCGAACCACGCACAGCUUCCUCACUGCUCAUCGUCGGCAGCUGCAACCGCACCGCCGAGUCCACUCCAACAGCCUGUGAUCCAAGCCGCCGAUCAGCCAGAAACGCUCGCAUUCCGAGACCGACGCAUUGCGGCUCGUGUACAGCGCCUGGUGCAUGUCGCCCAUCAGUCGACACAGCAACAACAGCCAGCCGAGAUAAUAUUGAUCGAGCAACUGCUCCCACAUAG